UUUGACAGGGCUCCCAGAUUCCCAAGGCGAAGCCCACGAAGCAAGACCAUACCUUUCCGUGAUCCUCGUCUCGGUGGGCUUGUGCGUAGUUUGGGCGGGUUCUUGUUUGGCCUAUUCCUUGCCUCUGUGUACGGAAUGACUGCACUGUUCAUACAGAACCAAGGACUGUGGUAUUGCGUGUAUACCACGAUCGCCAUAGCUUUCCUCUCAGCAUUUGGUAUGGGCCUCUCCAUCCGUGUGCGAGCGAAUGUUAUGCUAAUGAUGCCAAUGCUGUGUUCAAUGAAGGGCAAGAACUUCCUCCUGUUCCUCAUCUUCUCCAUGUUGGUCCAGGGCCCCAUGACCAACACCCUGGAAAACUUUGACCGUGCAGCGGACAGCGUGGUGUGUGGGGCCGAACUUGCCAUGAACCAGACCCAGCAGCUGAUGGAGCGAGCGGCUACACCUCUUCUCUCUGUGCUGGGCAAGAUAAAAGUGAUCACCAAAAAUGUCCACUCCGUGGCUGGGAGGGUACAGAACUUAAUCAAGGCCCUGACUGAGUCUGUCCGCCAUGUAGCUCGUUCCCUGAGAAACGUGUUACACUUCCUGGUUGGCAUUGACGAGGUGUGUAAUGACAAACUGGGCACCCCCUAUAAGAAGUGUAACAAGCUGUUUGAUGAUGCCCGUGAUGACUGCAUGGAGCUCCUGUCUGUGUUCAACUUCCUUUGUCACAUUGUGGAUGGGUUUCGCCCCCUCUGUGGUCUCGCUCGAGUUGGUCAGCUGUUUUGCAUCAUCCCUUCUUACAUUGUUGGCCACAUGAAGACAAAGAUUGCUGCCCCAACCAUAGCAGCUUUCGAGAAGAUGAAGAAGGAGUUUGAGUUCAACAUAUCGGCCUCUAUGCACUUUGACAUGAAUGUGAACAGCAGUCAGUCGCUGCAGCAGGUGUCACAGGAUAUGAUGGAGGAAGUGUCGGUGGAGCUGGGACGUUUCCAGGAAGUGAUGGGGCUAGUAGCCUACAUAGGCCUCUUCCUUCUGCUGCUAAUGUACCUACAGGCUGUCCUGUACAAACACAAGUACCUGCACCAGGAUGACUUUGACAACACUUACAUCACAGAGCAGUUUGAGGAGCUCGACCAGAGAUUGGCUAGUGAGGGAAAAAACCCUGUCCUACCGCUCAGCCAGAGAGAGGCCCGCACCUACAUCAGACCAUUGUCAGUGUACCUGACGGCCAGCGAGCGGCAGACGGCUGCCCUCAGCGCAGUGUCCAUUCUCAGGCACAUAGCCAUGGGAUGCCUGGUGGUGGCGCUGGACCUGGUGGUCUUCUGGAUGUUUGACCUGGUGCACCACCAAGCCCAGGGGGACAUCGUAGCCAGAGCACCCAUCGUAGUGGCGGUGGAAGUAAAUGGCACAGGCUAUGCCUCGGACAUCUUCAAGGACAUAGUGGCUGCCUUCGCCAUUCUACAGAAGGGCAACAUCACUGUUCUCAGCAAGAAGUGUCUGAUGGAGCCUUCAGAGCCAGACCUCUCAGGAUAUAUGCUCAUAGGAUUCCUCUAUGGACUCUCCUUGUUCAUUGUGUUCGCUGGAAGCUACGUCAAGCGGUUAAGGAGGCUCGUGUGUGCCAGGUACCACCCGAAACGAGAACGGGAGCGGGUGCAGCUCCUCCGCAGGAGGAUCCAGAGCCAGCGUACGUCUCUAGGUAAAGCCCUGCUGAGGUCUGUAGCCAGGAGCAGGGCAGACAGAGAGGGGACCAGAUUCCUCCAGACACUCACAACCUGCCUCCCAGGUGGGUCCUACCUGGCUGAAAUUCUGGGGGUGUCCUCUGUCUCUUGCAUGGCCUGUGGAAGGGGAGGAGAGGGACAGAGCGACCCCAGCAUGGUCACAUGCAUCACCCCUCAGUGUAAAGGGGUAUACUGUAAGCAGUGCUUCCAGAGUAUGGGCCAGGUGUGUGCAGUUUGCAUGGGACCCCUGACCUUUCAGGAGGACUGUGAGGAAGAGCUAGACUCCAGUGAUGAUGAGCAGCUGGGCCUGUGGACCGCCGCCCUAACUUCCCCCCACAUCACCCACAGGGGCACCAGGAGACUGAUGAAGAGGAGGAUCUCCAUGGCAACCCGGCGGCGGCCCUCAGAGAGCAGGGUGCAGCGUGGAGCCUACAGCAGUAUAGGGCUGGUGGAAGGAGACAGUGGGGACAGUAGUGGUCAUAUCAGUCCCCCCAGUGACUCUGAACACAGUGAGCCAGAUAUGACUUACCAAGACUACUCAGAACAGGACCACCCUGAGCCUAGUGACGAUGACUAUAACCACAACCCCAACCCAACAUUGUCCCUCUCGGCCAUCUGUGUGAGCGGGGGGCUGGAGACCCAAGGGUGCGAGAGUGACACUUCAGACAGUGACGCCUCGUUUCACUCUGUCACCUCUGGCCGGAUUGACCACUCUCAGUAUGGAUCCCUGAGAACGGUCACAGUCCACAGCCUUGACCACAACCGCAACUUUCUCAGGGAUGACCACCUUAACCAACCAGCUCCACUGACAUUCAGAAGGAACUAA